AUGUGUUUUUAAAUCCUCAGGUCUGGUUCUGGUCAAGUUCUGGGUAGAGAAAAAAGGUUCUCUUUCCAGACACGUGUCCUAGAAGUUUUUACGGCAACACUCAUGCAUCAUUACUCUUCAACUCUGCCUGUGACUGCAUCUUCAUACUGUGUUGAACUUAGGCAGAACAGUUCUGCAGCAAAGACUUACAAAAGACUCAGUUCACAUUGUACAUCACAAGUGGUGGGCCUAAGCCUACUGGUAUCUGCUACUUAAGGAAAAUUUUGUACUUGCAAAAGGAAUAGGGCUUUCAUAAACUUGACAAGCUUAAUAUUGGCUCUAGGCUGAGUUAGUUUUUAACUUUGGUUCACCAGUACUGCAAUAAUUGACAUAAGACCUAAGCACCACAGGAGGUGUUAGACUCCUACCAUGGCACGACAUCGGUCCGUCCGGGGUAUGAACUAUGAUGAAGAGUAUGAAGGAUACUUCGAUGUAUAUGGUCACUCAGUGGAGGAAGACUACUGUGGGUCACCAAGUAUGGAUCAAUACAUGUAUGAUAGGAGCAAGCAGCCAGAUAUGUCUGCAUUUAUGCAGACUGUUGAUGAUAUAGCAGAAGAGGAUCAUGAAGUUCAAGAUCAUGGUGGUGCCAUAAAUUAUCCUCUUGAUCCAAUGGAGGAAGGGAAACUGCAAUCAUGUUUGGAUGAAUUAAGAAGUGUUGUUGGGGAAUCAGUGUCUGAAACAAUAUUGAUCAAGGCCAUUCGAGAUGCGAACUUCGAUAUUGAAGAUGCCUUGAAGAGAGUCUUGGAUAAUAGCACCAGUAGCUCUGCAGCGGUUUCUGAAACUGCACCUCUUCCUCAGAGGGAGAGAAAACAUCGUGACAGAAAUCGAAAGGAAAAGGAGACAGAUGACCCUGAAAGCAAAGCUGUGGCCCUGGAGAAAGUAAGGGAAGAAAUCCAAAAUAUGGCCCUGAGCCAUGGAUUCCCUGGUGCAGCAUUGAAGGUUGUUGCUGCAAAAACUUCCAAGAGGUCUCAUGGGUUUGAUAUCCCAUCACCUGCCAGUGACUCUACACCAUCUACACCUAGGCCUUAUGAUCGCCUAGGUGCUGUUAGCCCUGCAUCUUCAACGUGUUCAUCUCGUAGAGAUGACAGUCCUGGUGCUGAAAAGAUUGGUACACCUGAGGAAACACCUUCCCCCAUCAGGGCCAAGAUCAAGAAGAAGGUUAAUGCACAAGAAGAAUAUCAAAAGGAAAGAGGGAAUAUGAAGGAGAAGGUGAAUCUGGUUGUGAUAGGCCAUGUUGAUGCAGGGAAGUCUACAUUGAUGGGGCAUCUCCUUUACCUUAAUGGUCAAGUCAACAAGAAGCUCAUGCAUAAAUAUGAGCAGGAGAGCAAGAAACUUGGAAAGCAAUCUUUUGUAUAUGCCUGGGUUUUGGAUGAAACUGGUGAAGAGAGGUCAAGAGGAGUUACCAUGGACAUUGGGCAGUCACACUUUGAGACAGAGCAUAAGGAAGUGAUUCUCCUUGAUGCUCCUGGUCACAAAGACUUCAUCCCUAACAUGAUACUUGGUGCAGCACAGGCUGAUGUUGCCAUUCUUGUAGUAGAUGCCACAAGAGGAGAAUUUGAAACUGGCUUUGAAAGUGGAGGGCAGACCAGAGAGCAUGCUCUUCUCGUUCGCUCCCUUGGUGUGAGUCAGAUGGCAGUAGUUGUGAACAAGUUGGACAAUGAGAAAUGGUCUCAGAAGAGAUUUGAGGAAGUGAAGAAAACACUUUCCCAGUUUCUGAUAAAGCAUGUUGGGUUCAGAGAAGCAGACUUGCAGUUCUUGCCUUGCUCAGGGCUCACUGGUGUCAAUCUCAUUAGUAGACCUGAGAUUGAAGAACUCAGAUCUUGGUAUACAGGACCAUGUCUUCUUGAAGUUAUUGAUCGGUUUCAGUGUCCUGAGAGACCAGUAUCCAAACCCUUCAGAAUGCCCAUCAGUGAUGUCUUCAAAUCUGUGGGAGCUGGUUUCUGUGUGGCUGGACGCAUAGAAACAGGCUUUAUCCAAAAUGGUGACAAAGCCAUGGUCAUGCCUCAGGGAGAAAGUGUACUUGUUAAAGGUUUGACUUUGGAAGAUGUGGCCAGACAUAGUGCUUUUGCUGGUGAUCAGGUUGUCCUGACACUAUCUGGGAUAGAUAUGGCUUUGGUUACCAUGGGAUCUGUCCUCUGUGAUCCAGCCAAUCCUAUUAGAGUCACAACCAAGGUUCAGGCUCGCAUUGUGCUCUUCAACAUCCAAUUGCCUGUCACAAAAGGUUUCCAAGCCCUGUUCCAUCACCAGAGUUUGUGUGAACAAGCUGUGAUAAAGCGGAUCAUCUGUCAGCUACAUAAGUCUACUGGGGAAGUGGUGCGUGAAAGACCUCGGUGCCUAACCAAAAAUACAAGUGGAAUGGUGGUGAUAGAGAUAGCUCGCCCUGUUUGCGUUGAACUAUACAAAGAUGCCAAAGAACUUGGCAGAUUCAUGCUACGUGUAGGCGGGUCCACUGUUGCAGCUGGCAUGAUCACUGAGAUUUUGUGAGCUGGGAUUGAAGACCUCUCCAACGUGAUCAUUUAAUUCUUAUACGUGAUAAAUUUCUGCUGCCAGAAUCUUCACUUUUCAUGUGACUUGGAUGAGCUAAGGGGUAAGGUGUGUGCAAUGCAAUAUCCAUGUCCUAUGCCGACCUGGUUGCCUUUUCAUCUUUACUAGCCUUAAUUGGUACAUUCACACAUGAAGUAGGAAUUGAUCUAUACAUUUGUCCCAGGCCAUCUUCCCCUUUUGUUAGCUAGGAACACAAGAUUGCACCAACACUCUUGUAUUUUUCAAACUGGUUCUUUAGAGUCUCAUGAAAAGUAGGAAUCCUCCAUAAGCUUGUGAUUUGCAGUACUGGGUAGUCUUUUUUUUAUUUUUCCUUCAUCCCCUUUUUGCUUAAUUAAUAUGUUCAGAAAAUGAACCAUUUUGAAAGUUUAUCUUGCAGACUGGUGGGAGUGCUGGGUUGCUUCAGUAUCAUUUUUGGGGUC